AUGUUCAUUUCAGUUGCUGUACUAAUAUUAUUUCGAUGCCCUAAUCAAUUGUAUAAUAUUUGGAAUGGACCAUUCUCAAUGAAUCUAGAACAAUUUCGAAAUCAUUUGGAAACUAAUUACAAUUUCCUUGGUUUUAAAGCUUUCGCUUCAUGGCAUUCAUUUCUCUUUCAACCAGAGUAUCUUCAAGUUGAACUAGGCAUAGAUGCUAUUGAUUCAAAUUCGAAGCAUUCAUUUUCAGUUUUUUCUGAUCAUGAUUCACAACGAUUUCCAAUAUACAGAUUUGAACGAGUCGUACAAUCCAGCAUUGAUACAUCGAAGAUGACAUUAUAUAUUAAAUUUGCUACAAAUGGUCAACCAUACUCUCAACUGCAGUAUCCAUAUCGAUUUGAAUCGUUUCAGAUAAAAACACUACGCUGUAUUGUCAAAUGUGUUGGUAUUCCAGUAAAAGAAUUUUUAAAUUGGCCUGAAAAAAUAAUAUACGUUGAAAACAUCGAAAAGAUUUAUAAACAAAACGUCAGUUUAUUCAAUGAAAAAGUCAUUAAAAAAUGUGGCAUUUUAUUAGGAUAUUUGUAUGUGCCUUCGAAUGAAGUCACUUAUAAAGUUGAUGGACACAGUUAUUAUGGGUUAACAGAAAAUGUUCGAGCAUUCGAUGCUUCAUCAUCUUACAUUUCCUAUUUUCCACAUUGUUUGCUUGGUUUCGUAAUACUCAUUUUCCUUGGCAAUCUUUUACAUCGUUCUGGGAAUGUUAUCCAUUUUCUACGUCUACCAUCAGAAUUCUCUCAUGUUGGUAUUGAAGAACAGCUAAUGAAACUAGAUGGUAUUUCUUUAAAAGAUUUGGAUAAUCUUUUGUUAGAAACAACUGCUGAAAAUAACCAUUAUAAUAGUAUGUUUAUAGUAAAUGAGAAAUAUCUCAUUAUGUUCAUGGUAGAUACUAAUGAAAAUUCUUCUGAUAUUCUGCGCAGCUUUUAUUCACUAACUCCAUUUCUUAUUAUUAAUAUUCAUAGUAUUAUUUCGGUGAGGUCACGGUUUAUUGUGACGAGAUCUAAUAGUUGCAAUAAGUAUACCUAUUUUUCUGAAUAUACAAGAGAACAUUCUUUUGAUCAAGCGAAAUGGUUACACGAAAGAUUAAUACUUCUGAGUACUGAUUAUCAACAGAGGUAUGUUGAACUGUUGUUUUUGUGAAUGUUGAUAAUGAAUAGAAGUCAAAUGAUUGUAAACUAUUUCAGGUAUCAACAGGAAGCAUUGCGUAACGCUGAAGACGACCGAAAGCAUCAUCUUGAACAGUUAAUUAGAGAAGAAACAGAAUAUCAGAGACGUGAAUAUGACA